AUGAAGCACCUGCUCUUGGCAGGUCUCGCUUUGACCGCCCUACUCUUCGUCUCCCUCUUUGUGCCGCAUGCGGCCGCACUUCCUCUCCCUUCCGGCCAAGUCCCGACCGACUGGCAAGCCAGGGUCGACGCCGGAACCCUGCUGUACGCAGAGGAGGAGCCUAACGCGACCGAACUUGCGGCCCCGCUCGGCAACGGCUACCUGGGCACCUACAUGGGCAGCGACGCCGUCUACAUCGGGGGCGUGUCGCGAGUGCCUGCGGCUGGUCGAGUGGAGAUUGAAGGCGCGCGCGUGUUCGCGGCCGCUCUGGAUGUGGAGCGUGGCAUCUACUACCGCCGCUCCUACCUCGCACCGCCCAUCCGUGGCGAUUGCCAGAUCGUGGUAGAGCAGCGCUGGUAUGCCCACAGGGUGUACUGGUACCUCUUCAACAUGGAAAUCGAAGUUGACACCUCGCGCUGCAAGAGCGGCACCCUGAACGAGAUCCCGCUGAGCCUACUGGAGAACGACGGCGGCCCGUCGGAGGACAUCCUCUUCGCCCCGGUAGCGGUCCCGGUCGUCAACGCCCACCAGCCCCCGCCGUUCAAGGUCUUUGAAGCGAGUGACGACGCUCAUGCGCGAUGGGUCGCGGGUGUUAUAGGAGUUACGGUGCGGCCAGAGAAGGAGGGAACGUCGCGGGUCAAGGUGAGCUACGUGCGGUGGAUCGGCGAAGACAGGCUGGGCGUGCCCCUGGGCCUCGGCUCGACCGUGUACCACUUCCCCACGGUAUUCCGCACGUCGCUCGACGUCGAGGCCGCGGCCCGGUGUCCCGUGCGGCCUGCGACUGCCGCGGGCGACUGCGGCAGCGAGGGCAUCACCGCGGACGGCUGCGCCAAGGUACUACCGGACCCGGACAUCAUCGGUGAUGGUGACAAGCACGGGGCGUCCACGGAGGAGUGGGGCGCGGACUCGCACCUCCUCCACCCUAUUGACCACUAUGUGGCCCAGCAGAACCACAGCGGCUGCCAUUUUAACUCCGAUGUGACCGCCCAAGCGCUCAGCGACUUUGAGUUCGUGUGGAAGAACCGCGACGAACUCCUGGACACGCACACCGCCGCUUGGCUCAAGCUGUGGGACAGCCGCAUCGAGAUCGAAGGCGACAAGGAGCUGGCGAGGGUGGUGAACGCGUCGUGGUACGCGGUGCUGUCCUCCAUCCGUGAGGAUUGGCCCUACUCGGUGUCGCCCGGUGGUCUGAGCUACGGCGGCGGCAACGCCACCUACUACCCCAAGCAGGAGGAACAAGGGCCACAGUUCUUCGUUAUGCCCGCCCUCCUUCCCUUGUUCCCGUCGCUCGCCGAGAGCAUCAUCAACUACCGCUACGAGCGUAUCGAGACCUCGCAGGAGAUCGCGCGCUCCUACGGCAAUCAGGGCACCAAAUUCGCCUGGGAGUCCGCCUUCACUGGCCUCGAGGAGUGCGCCCACCCGAAUCAAGAGGACCACCUGAGCGCCGACAUCAGCGUGGCCGUGCGGCAGUACUACCGCGCCACCGGCGAUAAGAAGUGGCUCGCGACCAAGGGCCUUCCGCUCGUUCUCGGUAUCGCCGAUUACUGGGUCAGCAGAGUGCAGGCCGACGCCGGCCCGGAUGGCCGGGUGGUCUACAACGUCAACGACGUGCAGCCCCCGAACGAGUACGCCACGGGCGUCAACAACUCGGCCUUCACCAACGCCGCCGCCUCGGCUGCGCUCGAGUGGGCCGUGGCCGUCACGGACAUCCUCAACGUCACGCUGCCCGCCAAGCUCCGCGCCACUUACCUCGAUGUGGCCACCCACCUCAAGAUCCCCUUUGACGUCCAGCAGCAGCGCCACCUGGACUAUGAGAACGCACAAUUCGGCGAGUCCCUGAAGCAGGCCGACGUGACGCUGAUGGGCUACCCGCUGCAGUACGACAUGCCGCAGCACGUGCGCCUCAACGACCUGCUGUACGAGGUGGCCUACACCAACAUCAACGGGCCGGCCAUGACCCACGCCAUCUUCGCCAUCGCCUUCCUCGAGCUGGGCGAGAACUACACGAGCCACGCCACCCAGGAGUUCAGGCAGAGCUACGGCCUCUACGUCAACGGCCCGUUCAAGGUGUGGCUCGAGUGCCCGCCGCCCGGCUGCAUCGUCAGCACCAACUCGUCGACCAACUCGUCCAACGACAACCUGCCCACCCACCCGGUCCCGCCGUGCCCCAACUUCAUCACCGGCGCCGGCGGCUUCCUGCAGACCAUGCUCUACGGCUACCUCGGCCUGCGCUACGAGAGCGACCACCUGCGCCUCAACCCCAGCCUUCCGCCACAGACCACGUCGCUCGCCCUCCGGCGGCUCCAGUUCCAGGACGCCGUGCUCGACGCGACCUACAACGCGACCAGCCUCACGCUCUCCCUCCUCAACGGUGGUGGCGCCGGCUCGCCCCGGCCACUCUUCGUGGUCGACGCCGCCAAUCGCGGCCACCGCCUCCUCCCCGGCGACUCGCUCUCGCUCCCCUUCGGCCUCACCCGCCUCUACUCUGGGCGGUGA